AAGGGUUGAAAUCUUCCCAAGUCUCCAAAUAAUCCAACGGCUGAAAUUCAGCGUCGCUUCUUCAUCUCCUUCCUCUUCCUCAUCCACCAUUGUUCCUCUGCAACCCAAUUCACAAUUUUCAAUUUUUCGUUUCUGUGUCUCAUAAAAACUCUCUUCGAAUGUUACCUUUAGAGUAUCAUCUUCACUAUCGAUCUCCCUUAAUCCAUAACAAACCUUGCCAAUUUUCCCGCCUAAAUUCUAGGGUUCCUCCUUACCCAUGUCGUUUUGUUCCUUCUUCAUGUCGUUUUAAAUCUCUACCUUCAUCCAAUUCACGAAGCUUUGGAUUUUCGGUCAACAACGACAGACCCACAAGAUGGGUUUGUCGUUCUACAAGUGAGACAGAUUCAGCAACCGGUUCGAGUUCGGAUGAGAAAAAAACCGGGGAGGGUCCGGUUGUUGUUGUUGAUGAUGAUACCGGUUCGACAAGCUCCGGUUCGGACAGGAGGAAGGAGAAACAGAGGAAGGGUGGUUGGUGGCGGUGGAAGUGGCCGGAGUUACGGUGGCAACCGCUGGUUCAGGGACAGGAAACUGGGGUUUUUGUAUUGCAAUUAGGGUUGAUGAUUUUUGUUAUGAAGUUGAUCCUACCCGGAACAUCGUUACCCGGGUUGGUUCCUAAGUCUCAAACAUCGUUUGUGCCUGUGCCUUAUAGUGAGUUUUUGAGUAGAGUUAAUAGCAACCAGGUGAGAAAAGUGGAGGUUGAUGGGGUUCAUGUUAUGUUCAAGUUGAAAAGUGGUGUUAGAAAUGUUCAUGAUGGUGAAGUUUCAGGAGAUAGUAGUAGUAGUAGUAGGUUGCAUGAAUCAGAGUCUUUGGUGAAAGGUGUUGCACCAACUAGAAGGAUAGUUUAUACUACAACAAGGCCAAGUGAUAUUAGAGCUCCUUAUGAAAAGAUGUUGGAGAAUGAGGUGGUGUUUGGGUCGCCCGAUAAACGUUCUGGUGGAUUCUUAAACACUGCACUGAUAGCCUUUUUUUGUGCUGCUGGGCUUGCAGGGGUUCUCAGUCGAUUACCUAUAAACUUUUCUGUGCAUACUACUGGUCAGCUUCGAAACCGCAAAUCAGGCCCUUCCGGUACAAAGUCAUCUGAACGAGGUGAAACAGUCACUUUUGCUGACAUUGCUGGAGUGGAUGAGGCUAAAGAGGAGUUAGAAGAGAUUGUGGAAUUUCUUCGAAAUCCAGACAGAUACACAAGACUCGGCGCUCGUCCUCCUCGCGGUGUUUUAUUGGUGGGCCUUCCUGGGACAGGCAAGACUCUACUAGCAAAGGCUGUGGCUGGGGAAGCUGAUGUGCCAUUUAUAAGUUGUUCUGCUAGUGAGUUUGUAGAGUUGUUUGUUGGUAUGGGUGCCUCUCGUGUAAGAGAUCUCUUUGCAAGGGCAAAGAAGGAAGCUCCAUCCAUAAUAUUUAUCGACGAGAUAGAUGCUGUAGCUAAAAGUCGUGAUGGCAAAUUUCGCAUGGUCAGCAAUGAUGAACGAGAACAAACCCUGAAUCAGUUACUCACUGAGAUGGAUGGCUUUGACAGCAACUCUGCAGUGAUAGUUCUUGGAGCUACUAAUAGGGCAGAUGUCUUGGACCCUGCUCUUCGUCGUCCAGGAAGAUUUGAUCGCGUAGUUAUGGUGGAAGCGCCUGAUAGGGUUGGAAGAGAAGCUAUCCUUAAAGUUCAUGUUUCCAAAAAAGAACUCCCUUUAGCCAAAGAUGUUGGCCUUGGUGACAUUGCUUCUAUGACCACUGGUUUCACCGGAGCAGAUCUUGCAAACCUAGUAAAUGAGGCCGCAUUACUGGCUGGAAGACAAAGUAAAGCUGUAGUCGAGAAAAUUGAUUUCAUUCAUGCUGUAGAAAGAUCAAUAGCUAUGGCGUCGGUGCAUGCUAAUGUGACAUCAGUUGUUUGCAAGAAUGGAAACCAUGCUUCUCAAUCAAAGUUCCCGAAUUCUACAUUCUUGCCUCGGUUUGACGUUGUUGGCCGUUCUUCAAAUGUUUGGAAGAAGGAACUAGUUCCAUCUUCCAUGGCUUUAGUACCUAGAGCAACCUUGACAUUUGAUCCUCCAACAACUAAUGCAAACAAAACCAAACAAACGAAGCACACGAUUGAUCCUGCUUCUCCUGAUUUUCUUCCUCUUCCUUCCUUCGAACAGUGCUUUCCAAAGAGCACUAAAGAAAUCAGGGAAGUCAUUCAUGAAGAAAGUGGUCAUGUGCUCAAAGUUCCAUUUCGACGAGUUCAUUUGUCUGGUGAUGAAUCGCACUUUGAUAAUUAUGACACCAGCGGUCCCCAAAAUAUAAGUCCAAGGAUAGGACUACCAAAGUUGCGCCAAGAGUGGAUUGAUAGGAGAGAAAAAACAAGUCCUCCAAGAUUCACUCAGAUGUACUAUGCUAAGCAGGGAAUCAUUACUGAGGAGAUGCUUUAUUGCGCCACUCGUGAGAAGCUCAGCCCAGAGUUUGUGAGGUCAGAAGUUGCUCGAGGACGAGCCAUCAUUCCUUCCAACAAGAAGCACUUGGAGUUAGAGCCAACAAUAGUCGGAAGAAACUUUUUGGUGAAAGUAAAUGCAAACAUUGGAAAUUCUGCAGUUGUAAGCUCUAUAGAAGAGGAAGUUUACAAGGUUCAAUGGGCAACUAUGUGGGGAGCUGAUACAGUUAUGGAUCUCUCAACCGGUCGCCACAUCCACGAAACUCGAGAGUGGAUCUUACGCAACUCUGCUGUGCCGGUUGGGACUGUACCUAUUUAUCAAGCACUUGAGAAAGUUAAUGGAAUUGCGGAAGAUCUUAACUGGGAGGUUUUCAGGGAGACAUUGAUUGAACAAGCUGAACAAGGUGUAGAUUACUUCACCAUUCAUGCAGGAGUACUUCUUAGGUAUAUUCCUUUAACUGCGAAGCGCAUGACGGGAAUAGUUUCUAGAGGAGGAUCGAUUCAUGCAAAGUGGUGCUUAGCUUAUCACAAAGAGAAUUUUGCUUAUGAGCACUGGGAUGACAUACUCGACAUCUGCAAUCAGUAUGAUGUGGCACUAUCCAUUGGUGAUGGUUUAAGACCUGGAUCCAUUUAUGAUGCAAAUGACACAGCUCAAUUUGCCGAGCUUUUGACACAAGGUGAACUCACUCGUAGAGCAUGGGAAAAGGAUGUACAGGUGAUGAAUGAAGGACCUGGACAUGUUCCAAUGCACAAGAUUCCUGAAAACAUGCAAAAACAGCUAGAAUGGUGUAAUGAAGCGCCUUUCUACACUCUCGGUCCUUUAACAACUGAUAUUGCCCCUGGUUACGAUCACAUCACCUCGGCUAUUGGUGCUGCUAACAUUGGUGCACUUGGUACAGCUCUUCUCUGUUAUGUGACUCCAAAAGAACAUCUCGGACUUCCAAACCGAGAUGAUGUGAAGGCUGGAGUUAUAGCUUACAAGAUAGCUGCUCAUGCUGCCGAUUUAGCCAAACAACAUCCUCACGCUCAAGCCUGGGAUGAUGCCUUAAGCAAGGCAAGAUUUGAGUUUCGAUGGAUGGAUCAGUUUGCUUUGUCAUUGGAUCCAAUGACUGCCAUGUCCUUCCACGAUGAAACACUGCCAGCAGAAGGUGCAAAGGUGGCUCAUUUCUGCUCGAUGUGCGGCCCUAAAUUCUGUUCUAUGAAGAUAACCGAGGAUGUGAGAAAGUAUGCUGAGAAACAUGGGUAUGGGGAUGUUGAGGAAGCUUUGAAGGAGGGGAUGAAUGCUAUGAGUGCAGAAUUUCUAGCUGCAAAGAAAACUAUCAGUGGAGAACAACACGGUGAAGCUGGUGGAGAGAUUUACUUGCCAGAAUCUUACGUAAGCUCUAAGGAAGGGGCUAUAUAAAUCGAGCAAAUCGUAUGAGAGAACUGGGGGCUAUCUACAAAACUGGCCAGCGAGGACAGUGAAGUAUUUGCGAGCAAUAGGAUAAUACAAACUUUAGUUUGUGAACAUUUAAGAACUCCAUCUUUAUUUUUCUUUUGUUGUGUUAUCCAAUCUCAUCAAUAAAUUGCAUUAGUACGUUCA